GAGAGAGAGAGAGAGCGCACUCCAGGUUGGCGCAGGCACCGGGAGAACGGAGCGUUGUGCACGGCGGCAGCAUGGCUUCGUCUCACGGGAGAAGCGACCUGCGGUUUGCAGACUGGAUGGCAAGUUUACCGCAGAGCAUGCACACUAUUCCGCUCACCAACCUGGCCAUUCCCGGUUCUCAUGAUUCCUUUAGCUUCUACAUCGACGAGGCGUCUCCAGUGGGCCCCGAGCAACCGGAGACAGUGCAGAACUUUGUUUCUGUUUUUGGCACGGUGGCUAAGAAGCUAAUGAGGAAGUGGUUAGCUACACAAACUAUGAACUUCACCAGCCAGCUGGAGGCUGGUAUUCGCUUCUUUGACCUGCGCAUCUCCACCAAGCCCCGUGACCCCGACAACGAGCUGUUCUUCGCCCACGGGCUCUUCAGUGCCACGGUGAGAGAAGGUCUAGAGCAGAUCAGCAGCUUCCUGUCGGCUCAUGCCAGAGAGGUCGUGUUCCUCGAUUUCAACCAUUUCUACGGCGUGCAGAACCUGCACCAUGAAAAACUGGUGGCCAUGUUAAAAGAGGUGUUUGGAGAGAAACUCUGCCCAGUCGUCUUUGCUCAAGAGGUGACUCUGCAGUAUCUGUGGGAGAAGGAGUACCAGGUGCUUGUCUUUUACCACCACCCCAUGGCUCUGGAGGUGCCCUUCCUGUGGCCAGGCCAGAUGAUGCCUUCUCCCUGGGCCAACACCACUGAUCCAGAAAAGCUGAUUCAGUUCCUCCAGGCAUCAGUUACUGACCGCAGGAGGAAGGGAACUUUCUUUGUCUCCCAAGUGGUUCUGACACCGAAGGCCAGCACUGUGAUGAAGGGCGUGGCCAGUGGACUGAGAGAGACGAUCACAGAAAGGGCCUUACCGGGCAUGAUGCAGUGGAUCAGAUCACAGAGACCUGGGGAAAGCGGCAUCAACAUUAUCACAGCUGACUUUGUAGAGCUUGGAGAAUUCAUCAGCGCCGUCAUCACCCUCAACUAUCACCUGGACGAUGAUGAAGAUGACGCCACCUGAGAGGCCGCAGGGAGGCGUCAGGGAGCGCAGUCACCAUGCAGCGCCAGUGGUUUGGUCUGUGCUCUCACUCUUUUCUCUUUGGCAUUUAUUUCAGGAGGGGAGCUGCACUGCUCCUUUCACUUUAUUUAGGGCUAUAGUGAUUUGAGAGAUCAAAAAAGC